AUGCGUUUGUGGCCCGGGUACAGUGGCGCUGGCUGGCGCCGGUUGCUAGCAGUAGCUUUCGUGCUGCUGAUACAGCUCGUCGACAGUGGCCAGAUGGAGGAACUGCAGCUGCGUAGCUCGGGCAGUGGUACGACACGGUUUCGGGGCGGUGCAUCCGAGACAGCGACCAAGGGCCGCCAGCAAAUUGGAUCGGCCCCAAUGUACGCUGUGAACGAUAUCGAGUGUCCGAGCUUUGCGGAAAAUUCAGCGUGUCCGUGCUACAAAUUCGAGGACGGCAUCUUUCUCGAGUGUCCGGGCAUUACGUUUGCGGCGCUACGGUCGACAUUGCAAGUCAUCUCAUCGCCGAUACAGUCACUGUCCGUGUAUGACUUUGACCGAUCGGUGAAGACGCUUACCGCCGACCUGUUCCAGGGAUCGUCAACGGUGUCCGGUGGCGGGAUAGGUUCGGAACUGGCUGUUGGUGCUAACGUUAGCAUCCGGCAUCUGCAGUUCUCUCACUCUAGUCUGCAGCAGCUGAAGCAGAAUAGUCUGCUACCGUUACGUUCGCAUCUGGAGAGCCUUAGCAUUAUCAAUGGGAAGCUGACACAGGUUCCAUCAAAAGCGAUAGUAGGGCUUAAAAAGCUAAUGGUGCUAGAUUUGGACGCAAACGAGAUUACCACGCUGGACGACUAUGCGUUCCAUGGUCUACAUCUGGUGAAGCUCAAUCUCAAGAGUAAUCAGAUCGAACGUGUACCCACCAACGCGCUAGCCGGAUUGGAAGAGUCGCUAGCCGAGCUGGAUCUGUCCGAGAAUCGGUUACGUCAGUUUCCGACGUUAGCCCUCCGUCAGCUAGAAAACCUACGCCUGGUGCGUCUUUCAAUGAACGAGAUUGCAUCGCUACAACCAGACGACAGCUACACACGCUUCGGCUCACUCUCAUUCCUUGACCUAAGCCUCAACAACUUCGUGGAGCUGUAUGCAGAUAUCUUCGGCGCAUUCCCAUUCCUGAAGACUCUCUCGCUAUACAACAAUUUCAUCGAAACGGUACACCGUGAUGCGUUCGUGUCGUUGCACGAGCUCCAAUCACUAGACCUGAGUCACAAUCGGAUCGUUUACCUGGAUCCGGAUGUGUUUGCCGGCAAUCGGCGCCUCCACACGGUGGAUCUGAGCCGUAACCACGUGCAUUACGUGAGCGGAGUGUUCGCCAACCUGCCAGUGCUGCGGGAAGUUUUCCUUAGCGAGAACAAUCUUCUCGAGCUGACGGAUGAUUGUUUCGCCAACUCGACUGGUGUAAAGGUGCUCUAUCUAGAGCACAAUGCUCUGCAACGGCUCGACGGUGAUGCAUUGGGUUCGCUCGCUAAUCUCGAGCAACUGUUUCUUAGCCACAACUUGUUGGAGAAAAUUCCGGUACAAUUCUUCGAGUCGACCCCGAGCCUUACGUCACUGGCGCUCGACGCAAACGCACUGCUCGAGCUGGACGAGCGACUGUUUCGGAGACAGAUGAAGUUGCGUGAGCUACGGCUGAAUGGAAACCGUUUGCGACAGAUACGGGCAGGACUGUUUGCACCCGCUACGGAUCUGAUGGAGCUGCACCUGCAGAACAACGAGCUGCAGGUGAUUGAGCGCGGGGCACUGAGAGGCUGUCCACAGCUGCAGUACGUCAACCUGCAGGAUAAUGUGCUGGAAGAGUUGGACGCGGUGUUUGCCGGUGGGCCUCCACACUCACCAGCCCAUUCACCGCUAAUGGCAGUUACGACACACGGUAAGCUAAUCAGCACGAAAGGUGACUCGAUACCGGAUGAACUGCAAAGCGUGAGUGAAUCGGCCCUACUUUCGAUACAACUUAGUGGGAACUCUCUCCGACACCUGCACGCACAAGCGUUCCGUGGGCAGACGAGCGUGCAGAUGGUAUGGUUAGAGCACAAUCAGCUUCGCGCCCUUGACCGCCAACUGUUCGCCGAGACGGUCCAUCUGGAGAAGCUAUACUUGCGCAACAACUCCCUGCUAGCACUGGAGCCCGGUACAUUCGAUGCGCUCACGCGUCUGAAGCUGUUGGAUCUGUCGUGGAAUCGGUUGAGCGAUCUGCAGCCGGAGCUGUUCCGUGGUUUGGGUGAGCUUGAAGAAUUACACCUUUCACACAAUCUGCUCGGUGCGUUGCGUGCCAAUGUGUUCGGUACGCUGCGUGGUCUGCGUACACUAGAUCUUAGCUACAACAACCUACAAGUACUCGGUGCCGACUCACUGCAGCCUGGAUUGCCGGUGAGCAGUGUGAAUCUGCGAGGAUGCAACCUUACCCGACUGGAGCCCGGUGCGUUCCGUGGAUUAUCCAACUUGGCAGAGUUAACGCUGGAAGAGAACUACCUACAUGCGAGCGAAUUGCGCCACCUGGAUGCUAGUCCCGUGCGUACGUUGCGACUUUCGGCCAACAAUUUCUCGCUCGUGCGGGAAGGUUUGCUCGAGCGGUUAGCUUCGCUGCAGGUGUUGGAGUUGGCAAGAUGUGCUAUCGGCGAUCUGCCCACGGCACUGCUCCAACGCAACGUUAAUCUCGUGCGACUGGAUCUCAGUGAGAAUGAGCUGCGUGUUUUGCGCCGAGGAUCGUUUGCCGGGCUGCACGUGUUCAAGGAGCUACGCUUGCACGGGAACCGUCUGGUGGAUUUUCCGCAUCUUGCGCUGCUGAAUGUUUCUACGCUGGAGGUGUUAACUCUGUCCCGGAAUCAGCUUACCGGGAUUGAUUUUUAUAAGCUGAGCGGUUUGCCCAAUCUACGAACGCUGGAUCUUCACGCGAACAGCAUAACCACACUCGGCGGCUUCACAGUCGAUACGCUGCCUCAUCUGGAUACGCUGGAUUUGAGUGGUAAUUUACUGCUAGCGCUGCCGGAGAAUUUCUUCAAACACUCCGUAAGCUUGCAGCGUAUCGAUCUGUCACUGAACCGAUUUGGACGCAUUCCUAACCUCGCCCUAUCGGAGGCAUCGCUCGCACGGCUAGCGUGGCUUAAUCUGACCGGCAAUCCACUGCAACGCAUCUCGGCCGAUGCCGACCAGCAACGCUUUCCUCAUCUGCGCGAACUCGUCAUUAGCCGCACCAACCUGUCGAUCGUGACGAGCAAAGACUUUGAACUGUACCCAGCCGUCCAGAGGCUGCAUCUAUCCCACAAUCGCAUCAAUCGUAUCUCGCCCGGUGCGUUCGUUGCGCUCGCCAGCCUGCAGCUGCUCGAUCUGAGCGCGAACGAGCUGGAGCUGCUGCCGAAGGAACGGUUGCAGGGUUUGCGGCUACUCGAGACGCUAAAUCUCUCCACCAACAGUAUCCGCGAGUUGGACGAGUUUGCACAGGACCUGCAGAAGCUGCGUGUACUCGACGCGUCCGCCAAUCAGCUCGAGCGCAUCAACAAGAACGCGCUAAGACAUUUGGGUGCGUUACAGGAGCUAUAUCUGUACGGUAAUCGGUUGGUAACGGUUGCGUCGGAUGCGUUCCGUACGUUGCGAGCGCUGACGACGUUGGAUUUGCGGAAAAACUACUUUGAGUAUGCACCGCUUCGUGCGCUGAAGCCACUCGAAACACAUCUGCAGCAGUUGCGACUGGAAGAUAAUCCGCUCGUGUGCUCGUGUGAUACGCAAGAGCUGUGGGAGUGGCUGAGCGACCACCGGAAGUGGGCCCGCGGUUACGACAACGUACGGUGCGAGCAGCCGGCCGAGGUGCAGGGCAAGCUGCUGUUGACGAUGGAACCGCAAGAGUUUUGCGACGUGCCGCUCAUCCUGAAGAUUGCGAUCCAGGACAUACAGCCGUAUUCGGUGCUGGUGUCGUGGCAGAGCCGGGAACAUUCCGGUUUGCACGGGUACCACAUCAUCUACCAUUCGCUGGACACGGUCGAGGAUAUACGCGGCAAAACGAUGAACCGUUCCUCGAACUCGGCCAAAUUGAACCGCCUGUCCUCGAACACACGGUACCUGAUCUGUGUGCUCGGUCUCGGCAGCUGGCUAACGUACCACAGUGAUAUCAACAGUUUGCUCAACCAAUCGAACCAGCUGCAGAACCAGAUCCUGAACAGUGGCUCCGCCGUCCACAGUGGCUACGCGGCCGGCGAACUCGAUGCGUCUCUCUCGAACACGCUGCUCUCGCUGAUGAUGGACACACCGACGUCCCGCUGUACCGAGGUCCGCACAUUGGAUGCGAUCGGGCCGAACCCGCUGGCCGAGGCGGACGGCAUGUCCGGCCGCAGCAUCAUUCACUCGAUCCUGACCCGACGGCUCGGGCUCAUCGUUGGCUGCUGUCUCGGUAUCGUCGUCUUUAUCGUGCUCAUCUCCGUGCUCGGCUGGCUGAAGAUUAAGAAGCAACGGCUGGAGGCGGCCAAACGGCAGCAGCAACCGCACCAGCCGGAAUUCAUUUCCUACCGACACUUUUCCAUCCCGAACGACGAGCACGGCCGGGAUGGGGUGGCCGGUGCGAUGGGUGCCGGUGGCGGUGGUAGCGGGGGUGUUGCCCUGCUCGAUGGGCAUCCGUCGUUCAUUUCCGGUGCCGUUCUCGGCACAACCACCACCAUGAACGGUGGUGGACCGGACGAGCACAAGAAGCUUUUCCUUACCGACAGUUGAAACGGGCGCCGGACGGAUGGGGUCAAUGCUUCCCUUUCCACGCUUGAUCUGGUCAAUUACAGCUAAGCGCGGCGA